GACAGAAAUACUUUAGGGUUCCAAGGCCUAAGGCCUAGCCUCAUGGGUAACUGUAUGCAGCAGAACCAGUGAGACAACAGAGGGAGGUAAGAAGGCAUUUAAAUAGCUCACAUUCAAUUCUCCCUCGUCUCUUGAGCAGGGACGUCACCCAGGACCCGCCCGACCGUCGUUGCCGCCAGCUCUACUUGUCGAUGUUCUUACUGGAAAGUAUAAAGGAGUGCUACUCAUGGCGAGCUCAUUUGAUGGUCGGAAGAAGACUUUUCCAAUUGCAUUUGCCAUAGUGGAGAGCGAGAAUACCGAUAGUUGUCCAUGGUUCAUAAGACACGUUCAAGAUUUGACCGAUCGAAACGAUGUCUACAUCAUCUCAGAUAGACAUGCUGGACUCUAUGCAGCCAUGAGUAAUAUCGAAAGUCGUUGGGAGUGGAGAUGGUGCAUGCGACACUAUGUAAGCAACUUGCAAAAGAAGACAAAAACGCAAAAUUAUGUAAAACCAACUGUUUCGAGUCGGUAAGUCUCUUCAUCGUUAUUGUUAUUAAUUUUCGACGUAUUAUUUAUUUUAUUUAAUAUUAUCAUGAAUUUAUCUAACUCGUGUGGAUAUUUAUUUUGUAGCCCGAGAAAAACGCUUGGAGAAGUUCGAUCGUCAAGUUGAGCAAUUUAAGAAGAUGGCCGUUGAAAGAAAUAUUUCUUGUGAUAACUGGGUGGAUCAAAAUCAACUUCGUUGGAGCUUAGCACAUGAUAACUAUAAUGGUGGGCGUCGAUGGUCUAUGAUGACGACCAACUUGGCAGAGAGCAUCAAUGGUGUUUUCAAAUGUGUUCGUUCACUUCCUAUAGCUUCUCUUGUGCAACAUACUUAUUGGCGAUUAUUGGAGAAAUUCGAUAAGAUGAGGUUGGAGACAGAAGCACAAAUCAGAAGUGGGAAGUCACAGUACAUGAAACCAUGUGAAGAGCUAAUGAAGUCGUGGGCACAAAAGACAGUUGGACAUUCCGUGAUGGGGGUUCAUCGACGUCAGGGCAUCUAUGUAGUUCAGACUCCUCCCAACAAUUUCAACAUGACGGGUUCGAACACACUCACAGUGCAUUCCGAUGACCACAAUCGAGCUGGAUUUUGCACUUGUGGUAAAUUUCAAGGAAAUAAAAUUCCUUACUCUCAUGCCAUUGUAGCUUGCAACCGAAUGGGGGCUAACCCGUAAGGUUUGUAAACGACAUUUAUAAGCUGGAAACAGUAUUGGCUUGUUAUGGGACAAGUUUCACACCUCUUGGUGAACCUAAGGGGUGGAAGAAGCACAAUGGCUCUACUCUCCAUCCUAACGUGCACAUGAUUAGGAAGUCGGGGAGGCCACGAACAACAAGAAUUCACAAAAGAUGGAUUGGCCAAGAGAGGACGUAGGUGGACAUGAUGCAUCAACUUCUGGUGGAGGAGCAAGUGGCAGUGGGAGCCAGCGAAGAAGAAGUGGUAGACGUGCGAGAGGUGGUAAUAGACGUGGUAUGUAGUUUGGUUGAUGUUGUUAUGGUUUGAACGAUCGAGUCUGUUAUUGUUUGAUGUUUGUUAUUGUUUUUCGACGUAGUUGUUAUUGGUUGAUGUUGUUAUGGUUUGAACGAUCGAAUGUGUUAUUGUUUGAUGUUUGUUAUUGUUUUUCGACGAGUUGUUAUUGGUUGAUAUUGUUAUGGUUUGAACGAUCAAUUGUGCCAAUUGGGUUUUGGAACUUUUGAAGGCAUGCCCCGCGUUGUUGUUACUUCUAUAGUUCAAGUUUUCGUUCUAGACAUUGGCACCAUACAUGACAAUAAUAGUAAGAUAAAUAG